CAAGAAUCUGUGAUCAGUGCCAGGAACAGGCUAGUGGGAAGGGAGCUGGUGCAGGCCAACUGCAGCAGAGGCGAUUUGGCGGCGCAGGCAAAGCAGCAAAGGGUGUCUCCCUCUUCUGCCCUUCCGGUUCAGAGCGGUGGACCCACAGCAUUCGCCUCAAUAGACGUCACCACCAAGUGUAGCGACUGAGUUUGCAUCUGCGUUGGUUUGGUCGUGGAACCAGCCAGUCAAAUGUUUGAUCAGCACUUUAAUGACCAGAUGUCAACGAAUGUGCAGCAUAAUGCUGGGUAGCACGGAAUGCAUGCAAGCCUGAGCUUCUCCAAAGGGUGUAUUAUCCAGCCUUCUGUCAGUGCAGAGCUAAGGGACAGAUUCUGAGCGUUGUCGCUUGUGUGCCACUGAUCGGUUGAGCGUCAAGCAUGAAGUUGAUAUUGCACUAUAGCAAGGAUUGACCCUUCACUAGCAUCAGAUUGCUCCCAGGUCUUCCCUAGCACAAGAGGGGCUUUCUGAUGGCGGCACAGACGGUGCUUGGCGGAAGCCAAGCACUCCCUUUUGGAAUUUCAAAUGCGGGGGGCGAAUCAGGACGACCAUCUACAAGCAUCUCAGCCAAUGCUCUUGGCCGGCAGCCUUUCAUACAGGAUUUGCAAGCUAGCCGUUCUUUUCAAUCUUUCAAAAGAGCCAGAAGUGCACGGAUACACGGGCUUGGGAGCUCUCCGCUGAGGCAGAACAAAAAGCACAAGCAUUGUACAAUACGAGCACAGGUCACAGACACGAACAGCCCCGCAAGCUCUAACCCGACCGCCGUCACCUUCCAAGCAAAACUGGAUGCCCCCUCCGGAACUCUCAGCAACUUCACAUCAGUCUUGCAAGAGCUGCCGGUGAAGAAGAUUGCAAUCUGGGCCAUCGUAAUUGGGGCAUCAUACCAGAUGCGCGCGUUCCUUGGGGUUUCCAUGGGAACAUUCAUCCUUGCAUUUAUUGGCAACGCUCUGGUGGCUGAAGUGGAGAAGGUCCUGCCUGGCCGGCGGAAACUAGUCGUGGUCAUCAUGUACGCCGUCAUCGUGUCGCUCCUCGUCACGAUCGGCGUCUUUGCGGUGCCGAGGGUGAUGCACGAAGCCGCUGACAUCAUAAACAGGAUCCAGCAAAACGAAAACCCGUACAAUCUAUUCUCAGACAAAGUGAGCGUCAUAGUUGGGGAGGACGUGGUUGAGCAGGUGGAGCGCUUCCUGCUAAUGGUCUUCAACCCGACGGACGCUCAGCACAAAGUUCUGGACAUCUCUGUUGCCGGCGACCGGGCCGCGCGGUCCAAGGCCCUGGAGCGUGUGGUAAAGGACUACUCGGGUGUGCUGAUCCAGUCCAUCACGGUCGCCCUAACGGCUACCAGCCGCUUCGUGUUGUCGUGCGCUGUGAGCCUGCUCUUCUCCUUCAUGAUCGUCUGGGACCUCCCCACCCUCCAAAGGGGCGCCAAAUCGCUCCGCGAAUCCCGACUCUCCGCCGUGUAUGAGGAGAUCGCACCGGCCGUGGCCACCUUCGGCCGGCUGUUCGGCAAGGCCCUCCAGGCGCAGUCCGCCAUCGCGGUGGUCAAUACGCUACUCACCGGGCUGGGCUGUCUCUUUUUGCGCCUCCCCGGAGUUCUGGGCCUUUCCAUCGUAGUCUUCAUCUGCUCCUUUGUUCCCGUAGCCGGCGUCUUCCUGUCCACCAUUCCCAUCGGCCUCGUCGCACUAGCAGAGUACGGUGCCUUUCAGCUGCUUCUAGUGAUUGCGAUGGUGGUCGUCACGCAUGCCAUAGAAGCGUACGUGUUGAACCCCGUCAUCUAUUCAGCCCACUUGAAGCUGCAUCCACUUCUGGUGCUCGCGGUGCUCGUGUUUGCGGAGCACACGCUCGGGGUCUGGGGCCUGCUCAUUGCCGUCCCGCUUGCUGUUUUCUUUAUUGAGUACGUCGUCAACCGGACGCCGAUGGAGAUUGAGGAGGGGGAGAGUUUGAAAGCGGAGGGGAUGGUGAAGGCAAACGUGGCAAACCGGCCUUGGCCUGCGGCCUAGCCCGUCCAAAGUUACUGGCUAGACUAAUCUGAUGAACAUUCUCCUCGCAUGCGGUAGUGACGAAGCCCAUGAGAUGCAUGCGAGUGUGCGUCUUAUUGAGGCGUGACCAAGCUAGGUAGCAAAAAGGUCCUAGGUAGCAAACUGAUUAUAGUUGAUGCUGCUAUGAUGGGCUUUCUUUUGGAGGUUCGACACAGGUGGACAAGAUGCGGCUUGUGUACAAUCAAGUUAGCCUUAGGCUUUUGAGCUAGGAGCUCGCAAAACCAGGUACUUUUACCUUCCUCCUUGUGUAUUCUUACAGUGGCAGCGGUACACGACGGAUUCUUCUGACAAUGUGUUACAACAGCUCGGCAUGUUGUCAAUCUGUGCGCGUU